AGUCCAUUGAAUGAAUGAUGUAACUGAUGUUUAUUUUCCUUUAUUAAUUUACGUGCAGACGAAAGGGUCAGAUUGUUUUUAUUUGUCAAACCGUGUUGAUUCAUUGUACACAUUAGCAGUUUCACCAUGCAUAUAGUCUUAGUAUCAUCAAUCGUACUCGGCAUUUGUUGUAUCAAUUAUGUGCUUGCUUCGUUGUUGAGGAGACAGAGGAAAAGUAAAAAAGACAUGUAGGCAAGUUGAUGUUUUCUUUUUUCCCAUUCAUGUUACAAAACAAGCAGAUUUGGAUUCCUUUGGCAAAUGUCAGAAUGGGAUACUGAAUCUAUCAAUCUUUUGUUUGCACUUAGCAGCUUCUCUAUUGGUGUUUGUCACAUUGCAUUUGUAAUUUGUUGUUACCAAGAUGGAGAAAAAACACAGAUUUUUUGGAUUCUCAUCAUUAUAAUGGGUGUUUAAAUAAUUGUUUAGAUUCUGGUGUCUCUAUUCCUAUUAAAAAUUGACAAAGAAAAUAGAAUAUAUUGGACAGGACUGCUUUGACAUGAUAGCUUUCACCAUGCACAUAGAUUCAUUUUUAUUAAGUGAUAUGAGGCCUUUAUUGUAUUUAUCUCUGCUUUUUUCUCCCCACAAGAAGACAGAAGUAAAGAAAAGAAGGUUUUGAAUUUGUAUAAAAAUUCAGGUUUUAAAUAAACUUUAAGAUUUCAUUAUUUUUUCUCUCUCCUCACACUCACACAUUAAGGAUUUAAUCCUUAGAUCUCAUGUAGAUUCAUGCCCAAGAACAAGAUUGUCCAUUCCAACUAAUCAAAAUGAAAGUUUAUCAGAAAACUGAACAAUAUGGAAGACGUUCCAAAAAUCUGCUAAAUGAAAUUAUAUUUUUAAUAAUGCUAAUCUGUUAUCUGAAAGGAGGUCAUUUAAUUUGGGCAUUUUGACAUAGAAUAGUGAAGAUUAUUUUUGUGUUAUAGAAUCUAACAUCAUUCUUUUUUCUUUUCUUUUUUUGUUGUCUUUCUUUUGUCCCAUGUGUUCUUUGAUAGCUUGCUUGAUUUUCAGUUUAAUGUCACCUUUAUGCUUUAUUAUCACUUUCAUCGAACCUGGUUGACUGGUUAAACACAAAUACAUUGUAAAUCAACUUCGUUUUUCCAGGUGCGACAAUAUGCUGUUAUAAGCAUUCAGGAAAGUUCCCUAAAUUGUUAAGAUUUCAGGAAUUAGUUUUUCUUUGUGCACAGGUAUGGAGCAUUUUGAGGUCCAGAAAAGAUCAUGGUGCAGUGCGUAGAUGGAUUAAAGCAUUUCUGUGUUGCUGUCAUAAAUUGUUGUGAUACUGAUUCAUAUAGCCAACCCAACGGUUUUCAAGAUCCAGAAGCUCUUGCAAGAGAGACAGUGUUUAGUGUAAGUGAGAUAGAAGCGCUUUAUGAACUGUUUAAGAAGAUCAGUAGUGCCGUAAUUGACGACGGUCUAAUCAAUAAGGAAGAAUUUCAACUAGCAUUGUUCAAGACAAACAAAAAGGAGAGCUUAUAUGCUGACCGGGUAUUUGACUUGUUUGAUACAAAGCACAAGGGGAUACUAGACUUUGAAGAGUUUGCACGCGCUCUCUCUAUCUUUCACCCCAAUGCACCAAUUGAGGAUAAGAUUGAGUUUGCAUUCCGAUUAUAUGACCUCAGACAGCAAGGGUUCAUUGAGCGACAAGAGGUGAAGCAAAUGGUAGUGGCCACACUUGCUGAAUCCGGUAUGAAUAUUUCAGAUGAUGUUAUAGAAAUUAUCAUUGAUAAGACCUUCGAGGAAGCUGAUACUAAACAUGAUGGAAAGAUUGAUAAGGAAGAGUGGCGAAGCCUUGUUGUGCGACAUCCUUCCCUUUUGAAGAAUAUGACUCUUCAAUAUCUCAAAGACAUCACCACGACGUUCCCAAGUUUUGUUUUUCAUUCACAAGUUGAUGAUACCUAAAUGUCAAGCCUACAUGGAGUUGAUAGUCAUAUCUGGAAGGGCUUGUUUUAUUUUACUGCCAAUGUCAGUGUGGCUAUCUUUGCACAGGUUCAUAGUCAAAGGGAUGUUGAUCAUGUAUUGAUGUUCUCAAUGAAAAGAAGUUUGUCUCCCUUUUCAAAUAUAACUUUUUGGCUGGUUUCAGUCAUUUCUUUUUCCGUUUUUAUGAUUGUAUUUGAUUCACAAGAAAUAAGAGGGAAAGGAAUCUGCAGGCUUUUCAUCA